AUGGCCUCUCUCGCGAGAUCACUACGCCCACUCACUCGAUCAGCAGCUUCGUCCAAAAUACGCACCCCGCUGAGCCGACCGGCUUUCACACGAUCAAUUCCCGUGUAAGAAAUACUCACCAUUGUGGUACGAAUGCGAAUUGACAGAAUGCGAUAAAGACCACCAUGUCUCUCUACCACCGCGCGACGGAGACAAGACAGCGAAGGCAGCGUCGACCUCGAAUCCCUAGAGCCCACGCCCAUCUUCCACUUCAACGAAAUCGAAGCUGCCAUGGCCGAGUCCGUAUCCAAAUUCGCGAGCGAGACCAUCCUGCCGAAGUCGCGAGAAAUGGACGAGGCGGAGAAGAUGGAUCCUGCCAUUAUAGAACAGUGCUUUGAGCAAGGUCUCAUGGGGAUUGAGAUACCCGAGAAGUACGGUGGCGCGGGCAUGAACUUCACGGCAGCCAUUGUAGGCAUUGAAGAACUAGCAAAGGUCGAUCCCAGCGUCAGUGUCAUGGUGGAUGUACACAACACGCUUGUCAACACGGCCAUCUUGAAGUACGGGACGGAGGAGAGUAAGAAGAAGUGGCUCCCCAGGCUUGCAACGGAGACGGUCGGCUCUUUCUGUCUUUCCGAGCCAGCGUCAGGAUCAGACGCAUUCGCGAUGAAGACGAAGGCCGAGAAGACGGCCGAUGGAUACAAGAUCAACGGCAGCAAGAUGUGGAUCACCAACUCGAUGGAGGCAGGCUUCUUCAUCGUGUUUGCGAACCUGUUCCCGGAGAAAGGAUACAAGGGCAUUACGGCGUUCAUCGUCGACAAGGAGAAUCCAGGCUUCUCGAUUGCGAAGAAGGAGAAGAAGCUCGGAAUCAAAGCUUCCUCUACCUGCGUUGUCAACUUCGAUGAGUGCGAGAUUCCAGCCGGCGAUCUCCUGGGCAAGGAGGGCGAAGGCUACAAGUAUGCUAUUAGCCUCCUGAAUGAAGGUCGCAUUGGUAUCGCUGCCCAGAUGACGGGAUUAGCAAUGGGCUCCUUUGCAAACGCAGCACACUAUGUCUGGAAUGAUCGGAAGCAGUUUGGUACCCUCAUUGGCGAGUUCCAGGGCAUGCAGCACCAACUGGCCCAGGCCUGGACUGAAAUCACGGCUGCCCGUGCGCUCGUAUACAACGCCGCUCGCAAGAAGGAGGCAGGCCAAGAUUUUGUCAUGGAUGCUGCCAUGGCCAAGCUGUAUGCCUCGCAGGUCGCAGGCAAGGUCUCUGGACAAGCGAUCGAAUGGAUGGGUGGUAUGGGCUUUGUAAGAGAAGGUCUGGCCGAGAAGUACUGGCGAGACAGUAAGAUUGGACAGGUUAGUCAUUGCAGGGUCGGGGUAUCUUGGCGAUUACUUCUUGCUGACACUUCUAUUGCAGAUCUACGAAGGCACGAGCAACAUUCAACUGACAACCAUCGCGAAACUGCUCCAGAGGGAGUACACGGCAUGA